AGUGAGCAUGGCAGACAUGCCGCUUCAGUUCUAGUUGUAGACAGUUGUCACCUGUUGUCCUGUAACUUUUAGGAGUAUGGCCAUGGAUAUGACUUUCCUCGGGACGGGCUCGGCCUACCCGUCUCCUCACCGCGGUGCCUCGGCUCUGGUGCUGCGGACACAGGGGGAGUGUUGGCUGUUUGACUGCGGGGAGGGGACCCAGACCCAGCUGAUGAGGAGCCAGCUCAGAGCCGGUCGAAUCACCAAGGUUUUCAUCUCCCACUUACAUGGAGAUCACCUGUUUGGGCUGCCUGGUCUUCUCUGCACUGUGAGCCUCAACACCAACCCUGAGCAGCAGAACAUGAACUGUGUGGACAUUUAUGGGCCCCGGGGCCUCCGGCACUUUCUGAGGGUGACACUUGGCCUCACAGGAUCACAGCUGCUCUUCCCUUAUGCAGUGCAUGAGCUGGAGCCCACAACUGACCAGAGUCCAGAAGAGGGACAGCUCAGUCUGGAGAUCACAACAGAGCACGGUCCUCUGCACCCACAGGAGCAGCCUGGCAGGACGAUCCCCCUGGAUGUCUCAAGUGACUGUUAUCCCCUCUUUGAGGAUAAGACGUUUGUGGUGAAGGCCUUCAGGUUGUUUCACCGCAUCCCCUCCUUUGGUUUUUGCAUUCAGGAGCAUGAUCGACCUGGAAGACUGAAGACUGAAAUCCUGAAGGAACUAGGCCUGAAACCAGGGCCGCUUUAUGGGAGGUUGAAAACUGGUGAGCCUGUAACUCUGGAGAGUGGGCGUGUCAUUCUACCGAGUGAAGUGCUGGAAGAAGCCAUUCCUGGGAGGAAAGUUUGCAUAUUAGGAGACUGUAGCUCAGUUCUUGGGGAAGGACCACUGAGGCUGUGCAAUGCAGCAGACAUUCUGGUUCACGAGGCCACCCUUGGGGACGAGCACCGGGAGAAAGCAGUGGACCAUGGACACAGUACACCUGAAAUGGCGGCAACAUUGGCUAGGGCUUGCUGUGCACGGAGGCUGGUGCUGCACCAUUUCAGCCAGAGAUACAAACCUUGCUCUCUGCAGAAGGAAGGUGACGAGGAAGAUGUCUCAGAGCUCAAGAGACAGGCAGAAGAUGCCCUAAAGGACAGUGGUAUAGAAGUGACUCUAGCUGAGGACUUUCUUACUCUACCCAUUCCUCUUAGAAGACCAAGGUAAUGAAUUAUUAAUUGCUUUUAACCAUGUCACAUGGCCUUCAUCAUGUCAAAGCUCAAGGGUUAUUGAGAAAAUUGGAAAGUUUGAACAUCUAUGUAUGAUUAAAAUUGUAAAUUGAAA